ACAGUGUUGGUCAGUGUUAGAAAAAAAAUAAACAAAACAAAGCCGGGCCUCUAAAACUAGUUAAAAACCAUAGAAUUGUUAAUACAAUGUCCAUGGCAAGUGUGUCCUCGGCCCGCGAGUCGCUCUCCCAUGCGAUGAACAACCGCUUCCUGCCCAACCUGGAGUACCUGCUGCAGGGAUCCAUCCUUGACUCCGCCGUGGAGCACUUGAUGCACAGACUCAAGGGACUCUGCGACAACGUGGACACCUCGCCGGAGCCCUUCCACGACCUGGAGGUGUGCAUGAGCCUGCGGCAGCCGAAUGCCAAUCAGCCGCUGCUGCUCCGCGUGCGCCGGGCCCUCGGUCGCGAUGCGCCCUUCCAGAUGCGCUACCUCGGCAAUCCCGAGGUGGACCAGCGCCGGCCCACGCUGGUGCGCAGCUGCAUGGACUGCGCCUGCACCAACGGCAUCCUGGAGUUCCUCACGGAGAUGGGCUUCCGCCUGGAGUUCGAGUACAUAGCCAAGGGCUACAUGUUUCGCAAGGGUCGCAUGAAGAUCACCGUGUCCAAGCUCAUCAAAAUCGUGCCCGGCAAGCAGCAGGACAUGGCCAACGAGCCAAUCUCGCAGAGCUACAUAGUGGAACUCUCCGUGGUGGCGCCCACGGGACAGGAGAACGUCGGCGAGGAGAUGCGGGUGUUCGCCGAGCAGCUGAAGCCCCUCGUUCAGCUCGAGAAGAUCGACUACAAGCGGCUGGGCGGCAUGCCAUAGCUACGGAUAUGUAAUAAAGGUACUCUUCGUAUUUCCUCAACAGUUAUUUAAUCGCUUAAGGAUAAGGACAUAGAAAAAUAUACGGACAACAACGAAUC